AAGUAGGUCAAAUAAAAACAAAUGAAACUUUUUUUGGUCGCUAGUAGCAGAAAUCAUGAAGAACCAUAAAGUAUCUGGCUCGUAUUAACAGUGGGUCCUUAAUAGACCUCUAGAUAUUUCAUAAUGGGGCAAUAUCACCAUGAGAACCAGAACCUUGUCAGUAGAGCCGGUAAGACCAAUGGCAAUCCAGGCUGGUCAUAUUCUGUGCUGGAUGUAGAGAUUGACCGUGGAUGUCAUCAGUUGAAGCCGAACAAUCUAUGCAUAGCUGGAAGUAGUACAGAGAAUAUACCACUGUAUGAGUUUAAUGAGGUCCCGAUGUGGCUGCAACACAAUCCAUAUGUAGUGUCCGGAUAUAGGUCUUUGCUACCAGGCAGUCUUUGUUUAAAAAGUUUAUUUGUCUGGAGCAAUGAGAGUAUCAACAUCUGGUCUCACCUUCUAGGAUUCAUGAUCUUUGUUGUGUUGAUGAUCUAUGAUAAUGCUAUAGGGGUGCCUAACCAUAAUGGCAGUUGGUCUGAUCACAUCAUUGUCACCCUUGGUGUUCUGUGCUAUCAGUUUUGUAUGGUGUGUUCAGCAGGCUACCAUGUGUUUGUGUGUCACUCAGAGCGUGCCAGUAAAAGAUGGCUGGCUGUAGAUUUAACAGGAAUCUCAAUAGGAAUUAUAGGGUGCUACCUGCCAGCUGUACAUUAUGCUUUCUACUGUCUCUCCAUUUGGAGAGAUAUUUACCUGAUUAUAAUCUCACUGUUGUCAGUGGCUGUUCUAGUCUUGCAACUGCACCCCCAUUUUUUCCACCACUCAUGGGCAAGGACGCGUAUCUUACUGUAUUGUUCAUUGGUUGGCUAUGGUAUCAUUCCAACUGUACACUGGGUGCUACUAAGUGGGGGCUUACAUACAGAACUAGUCAAGUUGUUCCUUCCAAAGGUGACUGUGAUGUACAUACUCGGGGUGAUUGCAUUUGUGUUCUACCUGUCUAAAUUUCCUGAAAGGUGUUGCCCAGGAAGAUUUGACUAUCUAGGUGCAAGUCAUCAGUGGUGGCAUGUCACGGUGGUUGUGGCAUGUUUGUGGUGGCAUGACAGUAUCACAUCCAUUAUGGACUAUAGGAUCCAGAAUCCAUGUAUCUCAUAA